AUGAAUAAACGAACACUUUCAGAUGAUAGGAACACGAGGGAGAAAAAUAAAAGCGGAGUUAAAAGAUAUCUUAUGAGUAGUGAUGACAUUUAUGAUAAUCCUAAGAUAUAUCAUGAAAAAAAUAAUGGGGGUUCUAAAAUAAAUAUGAGUACCUUUCUUGAAAUAAAUGAAGAUGGGAUGCUAUAUGAUAAUCAUAAUAACAAUAUAAUGAAUGGUCAUAAUAAUGAUAUGUGUGAUUUAAAUAAUGGUAAUAAUAAUAUUUUUAAUAGUUUAAAUAAAAUUGAUAAUAAUAAUAAUAAUAAUAAUAUAAAGGAUAAUGAACUUAAUAAAAUAAAUAACGAAAACAACAACAACAACAAUAAUAAUAAUAAUAAUAAUAUUAAUAGUAAUAAUAAUAAUACUUCUUUAUCGACAAAAUAUUAUUCAAAUGAUUGUAAAAAAAGGAAAGGUAGUAGAUAUACAUCAUCCCUACCCUUUUUAAAAAAAGAAAAAAAUAGCGGUAAUACAGUUUUAAUUUUAAAAAACGUACCAGAGAAAGUAGAUGAAGAAGAUAUCAUAUCUUUUAUGCGACCAUUUUUAAGAAAUAAGAAUCCAGAAAUUAUAUUCGAUGGACAAGAUAUUAUAGUUAAAUUAUAUGAUGAUGAAUUAAUUGAAAGUAUAUAUACAUAUUUUAAUCAACACCCAACACAAAUCAAAGGUUCUUUUGUUAAGGUUAAAAUAUCUAAGGACAAUGAUGAUAAUAAGGAAAGCAAGAAUGAACACAACAACAUAAUGAACAAUAAUAAUAAUAGUAAUAGUAAUAAUAAUUAUAGUUGUAAUAAUAAUGAUGAUUAUUCUCUUUAUAAUAACCAUCCUACAGAUACAUCAGACAAAAGAUAUAGCAAAUCCAAUAAAGCAGAAUGCUCUAAAGUUAUUUUAGUAUCUGUUAUUAAUUUACAUUAUCCUGUUGAUAUAGAAUUAAUUUAUUAUUUAUUUAGUAAAUGUGGAACAGUAGAAAAAAUAAUUACCUUUUCAAGAAAUCCAGUUUUAUAUCAAGCACUUAUACAAUUUGAUAAUAUAGAAACAGCAAAGGAAGCUAUAAAAACAUUACAUAAUAGAAAUAUAUAUGAUGGAUGUAAUACAAUAAAUAUCCAAUAUUCAUUUCUAAAAGAAUUAGUUAUCAAAGGUAAUAAUUCAAGCUCAUGGGAUUAUACUCUAUCUAGUGAAAAAAAAACAAAAAAUUACCCAGAAAUUCAAAAUUCUCACGGAGUUCUUCCAACACCCACACGAAAAAGUAUAGAUUCUGAAUUAUAUCAAUUAAUGGAGAAGAAAUUCAAAUUAGUUGACUUUGAAAAAAUGAAUCCGUCCAAAACGCCAGUCUUAAUAUGUUAUAAUAUACCAAAAGAAUAUACAGAUGUUAAUAAGUUAUUUAAUCUCUUUAGCAUUUACGGAUUUGUUACGCGAAUAAAAAUUUUAAGAGAAAAACCAGAUGCUGCUCUUAUACAAUAUUCAAAUUACAUAUUUUCUUCAUUAGCUCAAGAAUAUUUACAACGUGCUAGAAUUAGUAAUCAAAACAUAGAAGUGAACUUUUCUAAAAUACACGAUAUAAGAGUUUCUCAAAGACAACAAAAUCAUGAAUCCCACAAUACUAAAAUAUUUAGUAAUUAUGACCAACGAUAUGUGUUAUCAGAUCAGGGAAAAUAUAUCAAAGCCGCAUGCAGACCGACAAAAUGUUUAUUUAUAUCAAAUCUUAAUGAAGAUGUCAAUGAAGAUUGUGUAAUGAAUUUAUUUAACAAAUAUGGAAAUAUAAACAAAUUUCAAUUUCUUCCUGUCAAGGAAGGGAAAAGACACCUCUCUAUUAUUGUAGAAAUGAAUACGGAGGAUAUGGCAACAAAGGCAUUAAUGGAUCUACAUAAUUUUUAUCUAAAAGAUAGAUAUAUAAAAGUAUCCUAUACAAAAUCCAGAUUAAUGUAA